AUGUACGACCAGUGUACCAGACCCGGGUCUCCCAGACCCAAAAUAGAGCCUAGAUCGGCCCCUUCUAGUCCUAUAGUAGACCGCAAAACACCGAAUAAUCAGUCCCCGACGCCGACACGUCGGUCCCCGACGCCCAAGUCCUCAACGCCGAGUCCCCUGGAUCUCAGUCACCGCUUGGAAGCAAGGGAUUGCGUCUCCAAGCGGUUACAAACCCCCGGGGUGACAUUAUUUCCCGGUCUGACGAUAACACCAGGAAAUAGCGAAAGAUCUGAGGGUGACCACGAGGAAGAAUCACCGCCCACUCCCUCACCCACCCCCACGCCCUCACCCACGCCCUCACCUCCAGAAACCUCCUUCCCCAGGUUUCACUUCAGCAGGGGAACCACACAAGCGGUAAACCCGGAGGGGAAGCCUAAGGCCGCCCAUGAUGAUGCUGCUGCUUCCCCGCCCACACACGCCCACCCACGCCCUCUGGACACCGUGGGCGUGGAAUCCUGGUGGUAUCCGGGGAUCGUUGGCGGGGAUAUAUUCCGUGGGUUACAAGAUCUGCCACUGGCCUUCCCAGGCCUACCAGCCUUCCUUGCCCGCAGGCGGCGCAGGGAUAACCGCCAGCGGCGCCAGAGGACCACCUUCACCUCGGAACAAACACUCAGACUUGAGAUGGAGUACCACCGUAAUGAGUACAUUUCUAGGCCACGGAGGUUCGAGCUUGCAGAGUCUCUGGAGCUAACAGAGACACAGAUCAAGAUAUGGUUCCAGAACAGACGAGCCAAGGACAAGCGCAUCGAGAAGGCUCACAUGGACCAGCAAUACAGGUGUAUGACGCUGGCUGGUGGUUUGGGAGGCCUAGGUUCCCUCUAUCACCCGGCCUUUUGCGGAAUGUGUACGUAUAAGCCUACUGCUGCGGCUGCUUCAGGUUCCGGUAGAGCUCCUACUGUUUCGUCGCCUCCUUCAGUGCUCAGUGCUCCCAUGACGUCUUCACAAGCUCUACUUACUACUGCCACUCCAGCAGCCUCUGGUCUCGUCCUAGGGCCUCCAGCAGCGCCGAGUCUCGCCCUAGGGCCUCCAGCAGCCUCUGGUCUUCCCCUAGGGCCUCCAACAGCCCCUAGUCUUGCCCUAGGUCCUCCAACAGCCCCUGGUCUUCCUCUUCCUGUCAGUCUUCCUCUUGGGUCACACAUUUCGGCUUCUUAUCUGAGUAGUUCCUCUACUUCGCCUCCUUCUUCGACUACAACAACCACGGCGCCUACGAUAAAGAAACCCGUUCCUCUUCAAGCCUCAACAGCCAGCAGUCUGGUAGCUCUUCGUGCCCAAGCUUAUUAAGCGUAGUUUACAAGCUUAGAGCAGUUAUUUUUUACCUCAGCUUAUUCAUAGACUUGGAGCUGUUAUCUUAGCUCGUUUAGAAGAUAAAAGCUUCGUACCUCAGCUCAUUUCAAAGCUGAAUCCUAACUAAGCUAUACCUAGUUUUAAGUACGGUUCUAUCUAUGGUAUGAUACCAUCCUUCACGAUGCUACCCACAACAGUCAACUAACACCCAGGUAUACCUGUUUACAGAUAGGUAAACAGUAGUAGCACGUUUUAGGAGACUUGUUCAUACGUCUUCCCUGCCCAGGAUGCCACACACAACAGCUACCUAUCACCCAGGUACCUAUUUACUGCUAGGUGAACAGAAGCAGCAGGUGUUAGGAGACUAACACCCAGAUACCUACUUACUGCCAGGUGAACAGAAGCAGCAGGUGUUAGGAGACAAACACAUUUUGCUCCACCUGGGAAUCAAAUUAAGAUCCUGUAAUCAAAUCAAGGACCUGUAAAAAAUACCAGAACAUCAGAAGGCUUAUAAGGUUGAGAUAUCACCUCACAUACAACCUUACACCCGCCUCAGUAAGAACCGCAAGAUCUUCCACUCAGAUCCAGGUCACCUUCUAGAUCUUCCACUCAGAUCCAGGUCACCUUCUAGUCAUUCAGGUUUUUACCGAUGUUUUUCACAACUAGGAUUUCUGUGUUGUGACUGUUUAUAUACAGUGUCGUCCACUGGAGCAGCACACUAAGAAACCACUGGAAAUAUCCCUAGUGGUCAAUAUUGUAUAGACAAAGUAUCCCUCAUUCAGUACCUUAGCAUUCAGC